AUGGCUCGCCUACGUCUGAUCGAGUCGACGUCAACGUUGACGACUGCCUUCGCAACCAGCGACGACAUAACUCGAGCGCUUGCAACCAAGGAUGCCCCGUCGCUCAUUAGUGGUCCGUAUUUUCUCUACGAUAGGAUGCCGAUUCAGCUCGGUUGGAUCAGCUACGAGCAGGGUGUACAUCCGGUUUGGUUCAGUUCGGUCUGUGAACUGACAGUUUGGACUUGCUCUCGCAGCUCUGGCGUCGAUCCAGCAAAGCGCGCAUGCGCUUGUCACCGCCGAAGCGCCUCCCGCGCUGGGACAGCACCCGCUGCACGACUUCAUGAACAAGUACCCAACGAUAGAUCCCAUUUUCAUGUCCUGGGAUCUAGCUCACCGGGUGAGUCUGCGUUUGCAAGCCGGCGGGAGUUGUGGGGAGAAACUGCUCCUUCUGGGCCCCGUCAGUGUCGGCGUCGCAGCGCUGAUUGGACUGUCUCUCACCUGUCUCUCCCUUUCACAAUAACGAUUCAUCUUUGCCCCAAAAGACAAACAACUCUUCGCUCACCAGCGCUGUCCUGAACUGCCUCGGAUCACUCGUCCGCUUGGCCUCCCAGAAUGCGCAGCGCGGCGAGCCCGAGUUCGUGCGAAUAUUACUUGCGCAAUAUUCAACACACCUCCAACGAGCUUUGAAUCCGGGCAGGAACGAUACCACGGUGGCUGCACUCAAGCUCCUCAAUGUCGUGGUCGCGUUUGGCUCGGGCCGCUUUGCGCGCAGGGCUUUCGACGCUCUGCCUUGGGCAAGCAAGACCACGUCUCGGUUGUUCAAGACUCGUUUGCAGGACAAUACUCGCGAUCCUUUGCGCCGUCCCGACAUUCGCACUCUUCUCGUUAUGCUAGUUCUUUCGUUCUUAUCGAUGAAUGAUGCUCGCCUUAAAUGCCAGGUGUUGGAGACUCGAGGAUUGCUUUCGGGCAUGAUCAAGGGUCUUUCGGACGAUCCACCUCCCGUCGUACAUCACGUCCUUGUCGCGUUCUACCGUGAUGUCAUUGUCGCCCGAUCGGUGGGCCUUGGGAUUCGACGUGCCCUUCUGGACGAAGCCAACCUGAAAGAGGUUAGUUAUGUGCUCCGAUCCCAUCUUCAAGUUCGCUGUUCCGAGUUGGCUGACGGCAUCGCGUGAACCCAUCGAAUUUCAGAUUGUCAAAUUGUAUGACACCGUCGAGCGAAACGACGAAUGGAUAGAGUCCCACAACGGUUCUCCGACAUCAGGCGUCCCUAGGCUCGGACGCACGGUGCACGCAUUCCUGUCGGCCGUUGUCGGAUGGCUCGGAGACCAGAUCGACGAAGCGCCUGCGCGAUCUGCGGGAGCGCAGAGAACUCUCGGGACGCUACUCAUUGCUCUGAAAGUGACGGAGGAUGCGAGACAGCGCGACCUUGCCCUCCGCGUGUUGCAACGGGCGCCAAAUCUGGUCGUGUCGUAUUGGGCGAAGUUUCCGGCCUCGUUCGAUCCUCGCCUGUCUUCGCGGUGGAUAUCCGCCAUCACCUGGGCGACGCAGAUCACAUCUUUGCCCCUUCCUCAAGAACUGUCCGCCGAGUCGACAUUGCCGAUAAAUUCCGCUCUGGUUGACUCCGUCUGCCCGAGUGCGCUCAACCGGCUCUGGUUCACGAAGGCGAUGCAGCAAAAUGACCCGAUGGUGGCGUAUCUGAGCGCGACAUUACUACUUGCCAUGCUCCAAAAAGCGACUCGUGUGCUCAUUCGUCUGGCUGAAAUUGCGCGGCAGUGUGAAGAGACAGAGACGGUAGGCAAAUGGGUUUCGCUGGCCAGAACCGUCCGGCUUCGUCUCCAAGCGAUCGUGCCGGACCCCCAGAUCAUCAUGGCGCUCAGCGCCGUACCAUCCACGCCUUCCGCGCCCGCCCCGGCAACGUCGACCUCGCGGAAGAAAAUGAAACUCCAAUCGGGAUCGGGAGCAGCCGUCGAGACAACGGUCGAGAAUGAUCAUGUGGACACGAUCGCGCAGGUCGUUCUGAACCAGCAAAGGCACUUGCGCAUUCACAUCGCGUUGCGCCUGCUUUGGAUGUACCAUCGUGUUACCCCUCGACUUAUUACAGCCCUGCGCUACGACUUCGGAAAGCUGCUCCACCGACCUUGGUCCACCUCGGGUUCACCCGGCAUUGAAACCGUCACAUCCGGAUACGCACUGCGUGUUGCGAGUCUUCACACCACAGCUGUGGUUUGGGUCCGCCCCACAGAGGUUCUCAAGACAGUCUUGUCGCCGCUUCUGCAGCGGUUGCGGACGACUGUGUCCGAAGGGAAUCGCGUGUUGCUCUUGAUGAUCCUCACCCGAGUUUUGAGGACACCCUUGCUCUUUGGCGACAACUUGGACGAAGCCAGUGAUUGGCUCGAGGCCGUGAUGUGGAUUACUCGCGACAGCCCACGAGCCGGUACCGACGCGGCUCUUGCCUUCUUCGAGGACUGCGUCCAAAAGGCAUUGGCAUGGUCUUCUGCUGCGAGCACUGUACCUGAGCUGCGAGCGGCGGCGUCUCCUCUGCUGCGAGUUGUCCAAGGCAAUCUCCGUCGAGAGCUCGAGUACUCUGCACGAUCACCCGCGGAGUCUACACUGCGACUUGUGCGCUUCUUCUUCUUCAGCAAGCUUGGAUCAAUCGACUCGUUGCCCGUGCUGAAGCAGGUUGUCGGCGGUUUCACUGCGUCGCUUGUGGAAGUGGAACUGGUAGCGGAGACAACGCUGCGGGUCUUAGAAGAGUGCCUCCUGGUGAUUCAAGGCAAGGUUGUCAGAACGAGGACCACUUGCAUUGACGAAUCGCUUGCACAUGACUCGCGCUUUGAUGCCACAUCGCUACCGCCGCUCACUUUUGACGUGUAUCAUCCAGCACUACAGAGGUCUGUCCGCAUCUCGACCUUGCUUCCUCCAAUGCAAGGCAAGCUUUCCUGACACUUCACUCGUAUUCACAGGGCUACGUGGUACAUACCUACUUCACUUCUUAUGCUCCACCUCUCUCCACCUCUUGUUCGGGACGCAGCUACUCUGAAGUUCACCUUGGCACAAGUGCGCGGUGCCCGAGCCUGGUUAGCUGCAGUCCGAGUGCUUUUGCUGCGAAUUGCCGGCUCCGGGAACGGCGUGUUCGCUUGGAUGGUCAUUUCGCUUUACGAAGAUUGCCCAAGUCCUGUUCAACGAAAUCGUAUCCAGACUUUAGUCUCUGGCAGCGAUAUUAUCCCCAAAGCCCUUGCAAGCAGCGAAGAGCCCGAACAGCUCUCGGGUGAGUCCGCUGUAGAGACUACCCUUGCUCAUGCCGUUGAGAGCUGAUGACAGGGUCGGCCCCCUCCCUCAGCGAUGCUUCAUCUUGUCCGUGUGCUUUUCUCUCCGAACAAUCUCAAUGGUCGGCGCGCCGCAAUGCCAUAUUGCCAGCUCAUCAUCGGCAAUGAUGAAGCGAAAUUAUCUCCCGGGGUGAGUAUGUGCAACUGCCCCGGACUUUGUAUUGUGAGAGAACCCUUGCUGAUGCACAAGAGACUUUAUCUCCACAAAAGUUGUUACUCACAAGUGGCCCAUUGAUGCCGUUCUUUGGUCAAUCAUCCCUGCUCCGCUUGACCGCGUCACUGCUACGUCAUGUAGUCAACGAUACGCUGUCGAUGGAUCAUUGGACGCGUGCAACAUUGGACGCUGCUUUGCUUCAAUGUAGUUCCGUACCUUCAGUGGCCGUUGUGAACGAAUUGUGGGUGCAACAUUUCGCAACAUUGUGCUCGUUGGCACAGCUCUCCCAUGCUGUCAAAGGAUGCGAAGCCGUCUUGCUUCACGGUGCCGGCUUCUUGUCCUCCAGUGACCGCAACAAAGCUUCCCAGAUCAAGUCAUUACUCGAUUGUCAUGCGGUCGACUGGACAGGAUACCUGCUGGCCACAGUGGCCACAAAUCGCUCGUUCAUGGUCGUCCUGGUGCAAUUGGUCUCUCGCUCCGAACCAGCGCGAGCGCUCUUCGAAUCCUUCGUUGCUACGCAGAAACGCCUCGACCUAGCGUAUGCUGCUCCCCUGAGCUCCAUGGUCCGCACGCCCGUCAAAGGGCCAGAUGUGGCCGACGCCUUGCGCAAGCUCAUUGUCGAAUGGACGAAGCACCUGGUCGCCGCCAACAACUCAACCCCGACAACAAUAGAUGAGGCUGCGUUCUUGGUGGGGACAUACGCAAUACAAAAUUCCGACCUGGCCCAAUCGGUGGUCUUGAUAGUGGAAGGUGCUCUACCACAAUCUACAGACCAAGUUUUCAGUCAUCGUCCAGUUCGAUUCCUUUCGCAACUUGCACAUCACAUGCCAGCAGCGCAAUCAGUGCUUGGUGAUUGGGUCAACAAUUCAUUCGAGGGGAUCAUUCGGUACACCAUGGAGCACAAAGAAGACGAGGGUCACAUCUGUGAUUUGGUCAGCGAAUUGGGUGAGUGCCCAUGAAGAAAAGGUCUGCAGGUACUGUGCUGAUCAUGCGUGUUGGGGCACAGUGCGGACGCUCAAGUUGCAUCGUACUAUUGUCUGCAAGCAACAUCUCUUCGAUCCGCUCCUCACGGCAAUCAUCCACCGUAGACAGGAUCAGAGCGACUACAGCGUGCUUGCAGCAAUGCUUUGCAGCUUGAGUGACUGGAAGGUAGGCAAGCAGUGACCAUCCAGGCUCAUUUGCCAUUUUGGACAUUGACAUCGUUGGGAGUAUCUCUUUUUGCAGGAUCAGGAUGUUGCUCGCCAUCUGAAUGCACUUUUGGCAACUCCUGCUUUCCGAUCGCAAUCACAACACCGUGCAAGCGAGUCGAGUAUUCGGCUCAUUGCCGCGCUUGCCCGCGCCUCAUGGACUGCCGCCGCAUCUUGCCGACUUGUUGACCGACUCAUACCAAUCUAUGGGGCGACCACAUCGGCCCAAGACGUGGUCAUUCUUGAGAUCUUCCAGCGACUCGAGUUGGAACACGCAGGAUCAAUCAAUGCAGCAUCAAAAAGGUGGUCGCCAGACACUGGCAAUCGAAUGUUGGACAAGAAUCGCUGCGCAAGCCUGCACCAUCUUGACCCACGCCUGAUGCGCAACGCCUGGCUACAAGCAUGCGGUUCAGCUCUUCCACAUACCAGCGGGGUGGUGAAUUUUCCCGCGUACGACCCAGGCUUUCUACUGCCUUUUGUCUCCCACACAAUUGCGGAAGAUGAACUCAAGGCCGCAGAUUGGACAAACCUACUCAAAUCUGGAGCGCUUGGUAUUCCAAUUGCUGCGCUUGCAUCUCCUUCACCGAAUAUGCGUCAACUCGCUUUGUCUACGCUUCAAGCUGCACUGAGCAAGUCGCGGGCUUCCGAAUUUCCAGAAAGGGAUGAGCUUGCCCUGGUGUUGCACAUGUCGCGCCAGUGCAUCUACCGAGUCAACGGCGAACCCGUCCCAGCUGUCAUCUCUCUCUUCUUGUGCUGUUGUAUCCUUGCCCUAGGCACACCGGCUUCAACUCUUUAUCCGGCUUUUAUGCAAUUCCUCUUGCAGCGCUCUCAAGUCGACCAACACGAUGUACCAAUGUUUUAUGCUACACUCUACUCGUCAAGUACACUGCCCGAGGAAGAACGCAGAUGGCUGGUCCUUUUUCUAGGUCACGGGCUUAUGCGGACACAGGCGAGUCUUGGUCUGAUCAAGCUGCACAAAUUCAUUUAUGCUAUGAUCUUUGCUGAUCUGUCUUUUCCCAUGACAAAAGGACUGGAGGAUUCUGCGCCGACGCCAGAGCUUUGAGCUCCUUGUCAGUCUGUUUGAAUCAGCUCAACAUGAUUCUUUCCUCAGACUGCGCAUCCUUCAGGUAGGCUGUUUGCUAGAGGUUUCUGCGAGGAGAUCGGGGGGAAGAUGACUGACUUGGCACAUCUGACGCAUCUGCAGUUCUUCUUGUCUGGAGCCAAGAUACCAAAAGUUGCCCGGGAACUUGUCAGACGCAAUGGUUUGCUCUUUUGGAUCACCACUGUUCCCUUAGUGGACAAGGAGGAACACCAUUUGGCACUACAAAUUCUGGGGAAAGUCAAUCUAGCUUUGCCAGGGAGUAGUGGCAGUGCCUAG